UGUUAUCUCGAGUCGUACGUUCCCUAUCGCCAAGAAAGCUUGUGGUUUUGGGGAGAGAAGCCGCAGGAGGAGAUGGGCAACGCCGCGAGCGGGCCGGAGCAGGCGAAGAAGGCGGAGGCCGACGGCGGCGCGGAGGGCGGAGGCCCGCCGUCGACGGUGCGGUUCUUCCCCAGCGCCGCGCAGCACACGGCGAGGCAGCCUCCGCCGAUAAAGCUGGAGGAGGAGGACGUGCCGCCGCCGCCCGGCACCGCGGGCGAGGAGGCGGAGGACAUGGCCCCCCGCAACCUCUGGCAGGUGUACGCCCUCGGAGCAUUCAUCGUCCUGCGAUGGGGCUGGGCCAAGUGGAAGGAGAGCAAGGACAGGGACGACUCCGCGGAUGGCCAGUCGCCUGAUGGCUCGUCCUAGGUUUUGUUAGCUCCUGAUGCAAGGAGAACUGGGCUCUGCUUCCCGUAUGAAUGGUUACUGGUCUUGUGAUUCACCUCCGUUAGAUGGAUGUCCAUGGACUUGCUUUCAAGGGCAAUGGCGGUGACGAGCUGAUGAUGUUGUAGUAUGGCUACAUCAACGUGAUGAGAUUCUCUUCCCUUCACUGUCGCCUUGUAGGAACUGGAUAAUGUGUGUUUGCGCAUAAUUUCGCAAGAAGCGUACUGUUAGUAAGUA